GACCAAUGACGUUAUCAGAUUGCUGGUGCAGAUUUUUUUUAUUGCUAGCAAACCCCCGUGCUGUAGGCAAACUGUACAGUUAAGGACCGUUGGGACUAAUUGCCUGAUCAUAAACAGAAUACCUGAAGGAUAGGCUGAGGACAAAACCAUGCUGAGCCUCGGGGAGCAGGUCCAGGACAGAAGGGAAUGAGGCUAAAGCUGGUGAAAAUGACCCUUUAACUGGCACAAUUGAGCACUACACUGAACUAGUGCUGGACAUGCUCUGGGAAUAAACUCCUUUAACCAACACAUUACAAUAAUCACUCCACCACUUAAUCCUCUCUCUGGAGGACAGAAUUUUGUGUUUUUUUUUUGUGUGUUUUUUUUUACAAAUAAAGACCUUAACUGUGUGUAUAGGGUGCAGAAAGAUGGGAGGUUUAGAAUAAAAGUUUGGGAGUGUCAGGGUGGGGGUAAGGGGGAAGAAGGCACACAUACAGGCAGACUUGCAGAAAAAGGAGGAACCAUAGGAGCAGCAGUUGUCCCUGCCUCUACCCCAGGGUGUUCUUCUCAGCCCUGGCAAUGUCGGCUGGAGGAGGCGAUCCAUUGGAUGCGAAUGAGCACCCGCGAUUCUUUGUGGGCUGUGAUGAUGCUGAGGGGGAGGAGCUGCUGGACCAUGGCAGGGUAAUGGGCUACGAUUGCCUUUACGAGAACGUGGAGGAAGAGGAAGAUGAGGACGAGAUGUACGACUCGCCCCCAGAGAGACAGAUUGUGGUUGGCAUUUGUGCUAUGUCCAAGAAGUCCAAGUCUAAACCCAUGAAGGAGAUCUUGGAGCGCCUGUGUCUGUUCAAGUACAUCACAGUGGUCACUUUUGAGGAGGAGGUUAUCCUCAACGAGUCGGUGGACAAUUGGCCUCUUUGUGACUGCCUCAUCUCCUUCCACUCCAAAGGUUUUCCAUUGGAUAAAGCAGUGGCCUAUGAGAAACUCAGGAACCCUUUUGUCAUCAAUGACCUAGACCUCCAGUAUUAUAUCCAAGACAGGAGAGAGGUGUAUCGGAUACUGAAGGCCGAAGGGAUUCUGCUUCCACGCUACGCUGUUCUCAACAGAGACCCCGCCAGACCAGAAGAGUGUAACCUCGUGGAAGGGGAGGACCAUGUGGAGGUAAACGGAGAGGUGUUCCAGAAGCCCUUUGUGGAAAAGCCUGUGAGUGCCGAAGACCACAAUGUCUACAUCUACUACCCCACCUCUGCAGGAGGAGGCAGUCAGAGGCUGUUCCGUAAGAUCGGUAGCAGAAGCAGUGUUUACUCCCCCGAGAGCAACGUGAGGAAAACUGGAUCCUACAUUUAUGAAGAGUUCAUGCCAACGGACGGAACUGACGUGAAGGUGUACACUGUCGGGCCAGACUAUGCUCAUGCAGAGGCCAGGAAGUCCCCAGCUUUGGAUGGCAAGGUUGAGCGAGACAGUGAGGGCAAGGAGGUGCGCUACCCUGUCAUCCUUAAUGCCAGGGAAAAGCUCAUUGCCUGGAAAGUCUGUCUGGCCUUUAAGCAAACGGUCUGUGGAUUUGAUCUGCUACGUGCUAAUGGUCAGUCGUAUGUCUGUGAUGUCAACGGCUUUAGCUUUGUGAAGAACUCCAUGAAGUACUACGACGACUGCGCCAAGAUCCUAGGGAACAUCAUCAUGAGAGAGCUAGCCCCACAGUUUCAGAUACCCUGGUCCAUUCCUCUGGAGGCUGAGGACAUCCCUAUUGUCCCCACUACCUCAGGAACAAUGAUGGAGCUGAGGUGUGUCAUUGCAGUGAUUCGGCAUGGGGACCGAACUCCCAAACAGAAAAUGAAGAUGGAGGUUCGCCAUCAGAGGUUUUUUGAUCUUUUUGAGAAAUGUGAUGGGUACAAAAGUGGAAAACUAAAGUUAAAAAAGCCAAAGCAAUUACAGGAAGUCCUAGAUAUUGCCAGACAACUCCUGGUGGAACUGGGACAGAACACAGACUCUGAAAUCGAAGAAUCCAAAGCAAAACUGGAACAACUGAAAACUGUACUUGAAAUGUACGGCCAUUUUUCAGGAAUCAAUCGAAAGGUCCAGUUAACUUACCUUCCACAUGGGUGUCCCAAAACAUCUAGUGAAGAAGAAGACAUCCGGAGAGAUGACCCAUCUCUGCUGCUGGUGUUAAAGUGGGGUGGAGAGCUGACCCCAGCAGGCCGGGUGCAGGCUGAAGAGCUGGGCAGGGCCUUCCGGUGUAUGUACCCUGGAGGACAAGGGGAUUAUGCAGGAUUUCCUGGGUGUGGCCUGCUACGACUACAUAGUACAUAUCGCCACGAUCUGAAGAUCUACGCCUCGGAUGAAGGCAGGGUACAGAUGACAGCAGCAGCCUUUGCUAAGGGUCUAUUGGCUCUAGAGGGGGAGCUUACACCAAUCCUGGUACAAAUGGUGAAGAGUGCCAACAUGAACGGCCUACUGGACAGCGAUAGUGACUCGCUCAACAGUUGCCAGCAGAAGGUCAAGGCGCGGCUUCAUGAGAUCCUGCAGAGGGACAGGGACUUCACCGCUGAAGACUAUGAGAAGCUUGCUCCAACCACCAGCACCUCUCUGGUCAAGUCCAUGCAGAUGAUCAAGAACCCAGUAAAGACCUGUGACAAGGUCUACUCUCUCAUCCAGAACCUCACUCUGCAGAUCAGACAGAGAAUGGAGGACCCAAAGUCAGCCGACAUCCAGCUUUACCACAGCGAAACCUUGGACCUGAUGCUGCGGCGCUGGGCCAAGCUGGAGAAAGACUUCAAGAUGAAGAACGGACGCUACAACAUCAGCAAGAUCCCAGACAUCUACGACUGCAUUAAGUAUGACGUUCAGCACAAUAGCUCCCUAAAGUUGGACCACAUCAUGGAGAUCUACCGCCUCUCAAAGGCCCUGGCCGACAUUGUUAUCCCACAGGAAUAUGGUAUUUCCCAGCCUGAGAAACUGGAUAUUGCCCAAGGCUAUUGCACUCCCCUUAUUCGCAAGAUCCGCUCUGACCUCCAGAGGACACAAGAUGAUGACACUGUCAACAAACUACACCCGGUAUACUCCCGUGGAGUGAUGUCACCGGAGAGACAUGUGCGGACGAGACUGUACUUCACCAGUGAGAGCCAUGUUCACUCUCUGCUCUCCAUCCUCCGCUAUGGAGCCCUCUGUGAUGAAAACAAAGAUGACCAAUGGAAGAGAGCCAUGGACUACCUCAAAGUCGUCAGUGAAUUGAACUACAUGACCCAGAUUGUAAUCAUGCUUUACGAGGACCCUAACAAGGACCCCUCAUCUGAAGAAAGAUUCCAUGUGGAGCUACAUUUCAGCCCAGGGGCCAAGGGCUGUGAGGAUGACAAGAACUUGCCUUCUGGCUUCGGCUACAGACCAGCAUCUCGAGAGAAUGAGGGCUCCAAGAAGUCUCAGAACGACAGCGACGAAGAGUCAGGUGGUGCCAGGCGCGAUGAACCGGAUCGGGCCCUAAUGAUGUUUCGACCCAUGGUCUCAGACCCAAUCUACAUCCACAGAAAAUCCCCCUUGCCACGCUCCAAAAAGAUUGGUUCUGUGGAAUCCCCAUUGCAGGCAGACUUUAACAAGACCGCACCUGUCAAAGAAGAGAGCCCCCUGAGUGUGUCUAGCCCUGACUCUAUUGGUACCUGGCUUCAUUACACCUGUGGUGUUGGUACUGGGCGUCGAAGACGCAGAUCAGGGGACCAAAUAACUUCCUCUCCUGUCUCCCCCAAAUCACUGGCUUUCACAUCCAGUAUUUUUGGCUCAUGGCAACAGGUUCUGUCAGAGAAUAAUGCCCAUGUUCAAAGACCAGGUAGACUACACUCUGAACACAAGUUAACAACAGGAAUAGGGUCUCAUUGUGCUGGCCUGUUUAGCUCCAUGGUGCUCGGAGCUUCCUCCAGUGCACCUAACCUACAAGAUUAUGCUCGUGCACACCGUAAAAAGCUGACCUCCUCUGGCUUCUUAGAUGAGGCCACGCGUGGUUCUGCUGUAAAAAGAUUUUCUAUCUCAUUUGCGCGACACCCAACCAAUGGUUUUGAAUUGUACUCCAUGGUCCCAUCCAUAUGCCCUUUGGAGACCUUGCACAACUCUCUUUCGCUGAAGCAGGUGGAUGACUUCCUGGCUUCAAUUGCCAAAUCCCAUGAUUCAAUCUUAGACAUCUCUGCCUCCUCCCCGGCUGUGAAGAAAAUCCCUUUGAACACAUACACCCCAGCAAAGAUCUUACCCUGUCCGUUCACUCAAAGCAAAACAAAUCUUAAGGCUACAAAUGUGAGUGAAGUGUCCCACUGCAAAUUCCCUAGCUAUGGUCCUAUGGACAUCUCCCCAGAAGGUGCAGCUGGAGAAGUGUCACAGCAUAUUUCUCUCCAGCUAACUGCGGAGAGGAAAGCAACAUUUCAGCCUACAACUGAGAACCAGCAACCUGUUCUAGAAACAAGUCAGCACACCUUUAGUGGUCAUGAUAAACUAAUUUUAACCUCUGGCACAUCCGGGGCUAUUGCAGCCCUGCAAUUUGAUGGCCAAAGUUCUAAAAUUCUACCGACAACAAUCGAUGGCAAAGUUCAGCAGAAUACCCCUACACAUAAUAUUGCACAACCCUCACAAGAGACAAUGACUUGUAAAAAGUCAUCACAUCCUCCUUCUCAAGAAACACUGGCAAGUGGGCAGGUGCCAAUGCAAACUAUAGCCCAACACCCUCAAGGUGGCAAAGUGCCACCACAAGCCCUUUGUUGCCAUUUUUCCCCCACAGGGAAGACCAAGGCGAUGUCAUCACUUGACCAAUUGCACCUAGAAAAUUUGGAUAGAGAAUCAUUUUCUGUUACUAGUGGCAAGGAAAAGGUGACAAAAUAGGAUUUAAAAAAAUGUGAUCAGUGCAUUGUUUAAAUUUGUUAGAUAUCACACAAGUCACAAGUGUUACAACCAUUGUUGGGAAUCAUAUUACGAGAGAAUAACAUCAGUCUAAAAGUAUUUAUUGUUAUAAAAACUGUUAGUUACUCUGGGCCAUUUCAAAGCUUUGAAGUGUCACUGUUGCAUCGUUUGAGUGUAGACUUGUACUACAUCUGAUGUAUUUUGAGUGACUGUAUGUUCAACUGUAUGAAUGGUUUCCAUUUUGUUCAUAAUUUGCUAAUGUCUUGUAUAUUUGAAUGCAGAUGUACAGUGUGAAAUACAUUUAGCUGUCUACAUCAUCAUUAUUAAAUAUUCCAUAGCUGUGACAAAUGUAAUUCAUUCCUCAAUUUCAGUCAAGGUCCAAAAAUAUGUUUUUCAAAGGUCAGAUGAAAUGAUAAAUUUAAAUGUGAGUUGAAAACACAUUUAUUUUCAAUGCUACUCUGAAUUUGCACUUCUUAUUUCUCAUCCAUGAUACUGGAAUGUCUGCCUCAUCAAUACUGUGAUGACAAUUAUUUCUAUAUUUUACAUGUAAUCAAACUUGAUUGUUGAACUGUAUAUAUUCAGAAUAAAUUCUUGUAUUAAGAGUCUGUUCUGUUA